GCUGACUCAGCCCCCUCGGAGCAGCCAGACGGCUGGGGUGGCUCUGGGAGACGCCCGACAGCUGACGCAGCUGGAGGAAGAAGGUCCUAAGGAUUAACCACCCUUCUGUCGCCCCAAUGAACAACGCCACCUUCAACGCCACCGCCCAACCAGGCGCGCUGCCCCCAUUGCCCGGCGCCAAGCUAGGGCUGACCGUGCUCUCCUUGGCCUUCAUCCUGGGCUUCCCGGGCAAUGUCUUCGUGGUGUGGAGCGCUCUCUGUCGUGUCCAGAAGCGGACGAUCACCUGCCUCCUCAUCCUCCACCUGGCCGUGGCCGACUGCGCCGUGCUGCUCACUUCCCCUUUCUUCCUUCGGCUUCUGAGCGCCGGGAAGUGGGAGUUCGGCCCCGUGGUCUGCCAGCUGUGCCACUAUGUCUGCGGUGUCAGCAUGUACGCCAGCAUCUCGCUCAUCACCCUUAUGAGCCUGGACCGCUGCUUAGCUGUCACUAUGCCCUUCAUCUCCCAGAAGAUCCGGACGGCCAUGGUGGUCAGAUCCUUGGUCUUGGCCAUCUGGAUGGUCUCUUUCCUCCUUGCCGUGCCGGUCAUUUUCUACCGCAAGCUGGUGCUUAGGGGCAGGCACCUUCUCUGUGACUUGUCCCAUCCCAGCAUUGGCCACCUUGUCUUCCACAACCUUUUUGAGACCCUGACCGGCUUUGUGCUGCCCUUUGCUGCCAUCAUUUGGAGCUACUGCGUCAUUGGGCGCAGGCUGCAGGACACCCGCUUCCGGAGGAAGCGCCGCACCAACCGGCUCAUUGUGGUGAUUGUGGCCGCCUUCGCCCUCUUCUGGCUGCCCUUCCAUGUGGUGAACAUCCUAGAUGUGGCUGGGGCGCUGACCCAUUCCAAGGGACUCAUCAUGGCCGGGAAGAUGGCCCGGCCCACCCUGACGGCCCUGGCUUUCUUCAGCAGCAGCGUCAACCCCAUCCUCUAUGCCUUCACUGGUGGUGCCUUGAUCAAGUCAGCCGGCAUAGGCUUCAUGGCCAAGCUCUUUGAGGGGACAGCCUCAGAGAUGUCCAGCACACGGCAGGGGACGGGGCGGACCAUCCAGCGACGCGAGGAGGCCAAGUUGGAGAUGGUGCAGGAUGGGAAGCCAGAGAGCAUCACCCUUUCCACCAACCCGCUGGAAUAGCCCUCGGCCAUGUGGGACAGGCACUCCGACAAUCCCACUGCAUCCACCAACACCCUGGACUAGCACUAAGGCACGUGGGACAGGAGCUGCAACAAUCCCACCUCAUCCACCAACACCCUGGACUAGCCCUGGGACCAUGUGGGAUGGGAACUCCCCAAAAUCCCACCACAUCCAUCAACACCCUGGGUUUGCCCUGUGUCCGCGUGGAACAAGAAUAGGAAAAAUCUUCCUGGGAGGCCCAGAAGAUGAUGCAAGGCCCCAGCUGACUCCGUCAUGGAGUGAUGGUGAAACUAUCAAGAAUUUGCUGGGACAGUGCUCACUUGCUUCGUAUUUGGGGGUUGUCCUGGUCUGAACAACCUGCCCGCAACACCCAUUUUCCCCUUCCUCACUGGCUGCGACUUUGUGGGAACAAACCCAGGCUCCAAUAUCUCCCCCUUGACACAACCAGGGACUGGCCCAGCUACACAAGGAGAAUAAUUAGACUUUGUGUAAAUAUGGAAAAGAGACUCGAGCCUGAAUGGGAGUGAAGGUGCUGCCAUUGUUCUGUGGAGAUGAAGUGGCCUGUCUGCUCAGGUGAUGGGGAAGUGAAAGUUGGAGGGGUAGAGAAUGGUUGAGGGAUAGAGGCAAGUGGUGGAGGAAGAGACGGAGAGAAACAGGGUGAGGGCAAGAGGGCUGGAGGGAACGUUGAGAGGCUGAGGCUGGGCGAGUCCAUGUCUUCAGGAAGUUACAAGAGGCACUUGAGGCUGCACUGACCCGCACCCGAGAGCAGGGCCCCCAUUGUGCCAGGCACUGCACAAACCCACAGUGAGACAGCCCCUGCUUCUAGGAACUAGCAGUGUAAAUGGGCAAAGACAGGAUUAUUAUCCCUAUUUUGCAAAUGGGGAAACUGAGGCAUGUGGGAGGUGCAGCGACUUGUCCAAGGUGAUAUAGGGAGUCUAGGGCAGAGCAAGGAACAGCAUGCGGGUGUCUAGGGACCCAGUCCAGGGGCCUGAACCACAAGAACAUCCUUCCCCAAAUCUAUUUUCACAGCCAGAUACAAAGGGAAUCUGGGAGUUCACCAGGGAGCUUUCCUAGCUCCCAUCCGAGCUGUGGGGUUGGCUGCUCCCAGUGGCCAGCUAGGGUACGACAAGCCGUCGUUCCACAGUGACCGACUAGGAGCAGCUAUUUUAAGCUUGGGCACCUGCUUAGAGCCAGCGUAGUAAGCAUGCGAGUCAGCCCCGCUAGGGGGCGCCAGGCCAGCUCAGAGCCAGCCCCGACUGGGCGGGGGGACGACCGGCUGGCGUAGCGGGUGGGGAAUGGGACACACGGCCCGUCCCCGCUAGGGGGCGCCAGGCCAGCUCAGAGCCAGCCCCGACUGGGCGGGGGGACGACCGGCUGGCGUAGCGGGUGGGGAAUGGGACACACGGCCCGUCCCCGCUAGGGGGCGCUGGCUCCAACCCAGCCCCUCAGCGGGCGAAUUCACCCUCUGUGUUAUUUUGCUUGAUUAAAGGAGUUUCUGUGUAGCCUGUUACCGGGGCUGGCCCAGGGAAGCUGUGAAUCCUUCACACCUGCCGUAGCGUUCUCGUUGGUUCCGGUGGCCUGAGCCAUUAGCCCCACUAGCCCCUGCUGCUGCCCCCUGCUGGAAGAAAUGAGCCCUGCUGUGUGAUGUGUGUGGGUAUGUCCUGCUGCAGGGGAUCAGACCUGCACCGUGUGUGUGUGUGUGUGUGUCUGUGUCACUGCCACACCUUGCUUGCGAGGGGGGGGGAGGGACCUGCUCAGUGCGUGUGCGGCGAGUAACAAAAAGCUACAGAGACACUGUUUACAAAUCAGUAAUGCUGCGUAUUCCUACGUGACCUUAAAUAGAAUAAUUACAGCCACAAACAACUCCGUGAAAAGACCAUUACCAAAGUCAGUUUUGCACAGGCCCCUGAAUUUGGGCAUUUCCUCCCUUGGGCGUGCUCAGCUUUGUAACCUUAAUAAUAUUCUUUUAAUGUA